AUGUGUAUCGAGGCCAAGGAGGCUUGUGAUUGGCUAAGGGCUGCAGGGUUCCCACAGUACGCCCAGUUCUACGAAGACUCCCAGUUUCCUAUAGAUAUCUCGUCAGUAAGGAGGGACCAUGACUUCUUGGACAGAGACCUGGUCGAACCUUUGUGUCGACGUCUCAACACCCUGAACAAGUGUUUCUCCAUGAAACUAGACGUCAGCCCCAGGAAGAAAACUGAUGAUUCAGACGAGGACCCACUGGCUAUCACUAAGAGAUGGACCUUUGAGUGGAACAGCCGGCACUGGUCCCGCCUCCAGGAAAUGCACUUCCUGCUGGGCUCGCCCAAUGAGAGCAGCCCUGAGGGGUGUCAGGGCGAGGGGGAGGGACUCCUGCGGAGCACGGUGAGCAGUGAGAGCGUCUUAAUGGACAUCAGCGAACCAGAGAUCACGGAUAUAUCCUCUCUUCACAGCCAAGAAUCUCUAGGAGCCAUGCUCCCUGACUCGGUCUCUAUGGCAUCGCUGGUUGGGCCCUACCAGCCUCCGAGGGACAUGUCCCACUACAACUCUCUUCCAAUCAAAAGCAGCCGUCAUGGCCAGGGUGGGCGGAGUCCGGCGAAGUCCUUCCUGCGUCGCAUGGAGAUGAUGCGUACGUGGGGGCCGUCCUUCAGGAGGAAGACAGGAAGUGGACGGGCUCUGGUCAUCAGUGGGCCGGUCUUACAGGUGGAGGAGCCCCAGGCACUACAGACACUCCACUGUGUCCCCAUCAACCAAUCAGAUGACAGUCCUCAUCCUCUCCACCAAUCAGACAACAUCACAUCCCCUGUUGCCCAUGGAGAUGGCAGCGAGGGCCAAUCACAGACAAGCAGUGUGAGUUCCAUGAGUCCUAGUGUGAGGCAGAGAGUCUCUAAGCCCCGGCCUAAAAGAGGACGUGUUUACCUAGAAGACACGGAGCUGCUCUCUGGUGCCGCCCAUGGCCGGAGGACUGAAGCACAACAGAGCCUGUUCAGCAGGAACCACUUCCACUUCCGCUCAUACGAGGACCUGCUGGUCCACAUCCCCAAGGACCACAAACCAGGCACCUUCCCCAAAGCCCUGUCUAUAGAGAGCCUAGCCCCUGUCACCGACCACCAGCGCCAGACCCCCUCUCCCUCUCUGCUCUACCCCAGUCAAGGCUCCCCCUGGGAGGGCACGGCUCUGUCCAAGAAGCCUCCCUGUCCUGGAGCUCCGCGGGGCAGCAGGGUGAGUGUGUAUGACAACGUCCCCGGGUCUCACCUGUACGCGUCCACAGGUGACCUGCUGGAUGUGGAUCGAGACGAUCACCUGUUCCCUCACCUGGAUGACAUCAUCAGUCACGUCAGCGGCCUGCAGCAGAUUGUAGACCACUGGAGUCGCAGCAUGCUGACAGAGGGGGAGGAGGGGGAGGCAGGGAACGAGGAGGAGGGUGAGAGGGACGGGGUCUCCCUAAAUGAUACGGACCCUACAGGGACCAGAGAGAGGAGAGACUCUGGAGUGGGAGCUUCCCUUACGAGACCACGUCACCGGUGGCCGAGCUUCCGCCUGUCUGACCGUCUGAGCCAAUCAGACUCCUCGCUACAGAUCAGUACCCAAUCAGCUGUCCAGCUCAGCUUGCUCAAGAAGUUCUCUCUGCUCCGACUCACAGCCAUCAUGGAGAAAUACUCCACGUCUAACAAACAUGGUUGGACCUGGUCUGUCCCUACGUUUCUGAAGCGUAUGAAGGUUGAAGACAGUAGACAGAAGGGUGUGUUUGGGGUUCCCCUCAUAGUACAUACACAGCGUUGUGGUUACCCUCUACCCCUCUGUCUACAGCAGGCCCUGAGUCAUCUCAGAACGCACUGCCUUGACCAGGUGGGUCUGUUCCGUAAGUCAGGUGUAAAGUCCCGUAUCCAGGCAUUGAGACAGGAGUGUGAGACCAGUCCUGACAGUGUGUGUUACGAGGACCAGUCAGCGUACGAGGUAGCAGACAUGGUUAAACAGUUCUUCAGAGACCUUCCUGAACCUCUACUGACCAGCAAGCUGGGAGAGACCUUCCUACACAUCUACCAGUACGUCCCUAAUGAGCACUGGUUGCAGGCCGUGAGGGCGGCCAUCUUGCUGAUGUCAGACGAGAACAGGGAAGUGCUCCAGACACUGCUCUUCUUCCUGCGCGAUGUCACUUCCUGUGUCGAGGAGAACCAGAUGACACCUAUGAACCUGGCUGUGUGUCUGGGCCCCUCUCUGUUCCAUCUCAACAUACUGAAGAACGGCAACCUGUGCCCCAGGUCCAUCCAGAGGAAGUAUGCUACUGGUCGGCCAGACCAGAAGGACCUUAAUGAGAACCUUGCUGCCACACAGGGCCUGUCUCACAUGAUCACUGAGUGCCAACACCUGUUCGAGAUCCCACAGGAGACGGUGAGCCAGUCUCCGAACUCCUACAUGGAGGCUGAGUUACUAGCGCCCCCUCUGAACGAGCUGUGUAAGACACACGAGGAGGAGGAAGAGAAGGAGGAAGGGUCCUACCACACACUAAUAGAGUGGCUGGUGCGGGGCCUACUGAAGGAGACCAGAGACAAUAGUAAAGGAUGGGUGUCCCGGGCCUCCACCGACCACACUGAACUGGCCUUCAAAAAGGUGGCUGAUGGUAACCCCCUGCGGCGGUGGCGUGUGUCUGUGGAGGUGUGUGCCCCGCCCAAUGAUGUGUUGGAGAGGCUGCUGAGGCAGCGCCCCCUGUGGCAGACAGAUGUACUGGAGGAGAAGGUUCUGGAAAGCCUGGACAGACAGACAGACAUCUACCAGUACAGCCUGCAGAGCAUGGCACCACACCCCAACACGGACUAUGUGGUACUGAGGUCAUGGCGUAAUGAUGUGUCUAAGGGUUUCAGUGUGUUGGUGUGUGUGUCAGUGGACCAGGAGGACAGUCCAGCCCAGCCUACAGUCAGAGGAGUAGUUCUAGAAUCCCACUACCUUCUGGAAUCCUGUGGAACUGGCAGGUCCAGGCUAACACACAUCUGCAGGGUUGACCUGAAGGGCAGGUCUCCAGAGUGGUAUAACAAGGCCUUCGGUCACCUGUGUGUCUCUGAGGCCCAGAGGAUCCGUUCCUCCUUCCACCCUACAAACCCCCCCAGGCCCUGAGACCAAGAACUGAACCCCAGGAAUAGGUUCUGAGGCUGGGCUACACCGGCAUGGACCCAUGGACCAGAGGACCAAAGAAAAGUUACUGUAGAAUACAGGAGAACAGGAGUGCUAGAACAAUGGACUCAGUACCUGGAACAAUAGACCUAGAACCUUUGAAUCAUGGCCCGAGAUUAAUGGGUCUAGAACCAAGACAAUGGUGGGCUAGAACCAUGCACCUAGAUCCAACAAUAAAUUACUAGAUCCAUUGACCCAGAAAAAGGAAUCCAUUGUCCUAGAUCCAUGGAACUAGAACCAGGGAACACUCGGUGGACCUAGAACUUGGAACCAUGUUUCUUCAUUCUGGAACCACUGAUCCAGGGAAUGGAGAGAGACAGGCAACAUCUCUCUGGAACCAGUGACCUAUAGAACCAGUGAACAAUGGUGAUUAAGAUCUUAGAAUCAGGUAAACAGAACAAUACAGAAAUUUGAAUAUGGAAUUAUCUAGAACUUGGAACCAAGGACACUGAACAAUUUAGAACUUGGAACCAAAGACACUGAACAAACUAGAACUUGGAAGUAGGGAUACUGAACAAUCUAGAACUUGGAACCAGAACACUGGACAAUCUAGAACAGGGGUGUCAAACAUCCAAUCUAAAACUUUGAACCAGGGACACUGAGAAAUCUAGAUCUUUGUUCCAUGUCCAUGGUUCUAUCUAGAACGAUCUAGAAUUUAGAACCAGGGAUUUUGAACGAUCUAGAAUUUAAAACCAGGGAUUUGGAACGAUCUAGAAGUUAGAACGAUCUAGAUUGAACUUGAAGACAUCUCUGGCUCCUACAGCUUUAUCUCUGCUCUCAUUACCACUGUCCCUUUUAAACUGGUAUCAUUAGUCAUAAUGAUAUGAAUAAUAUCAUCUCUA